UCCUUCUCAAUGCAACCUUUCUACAUGGAGGAGCUACACAGACACGCACGACGCGAAGGAGAGAGAGGGGAAUUGUUAUCAUUAUGGUCUAUACCACGGCUCUUGCUAUCGGACACGGAGGACCGAUGCCUUCUUCGGAGAAGGAGAGCGUCUUGAAGAUGAUCGGAAAGUAUUUAUUUCCGUUCACGUCUAACAAAGGGACGAGUUUGGCCGAUCGCCGGGGAAGCGUCGAGAGCUGCGAUGAAAUCGAAAAAAACUCGCCAAAAGCCGACAUGGACCUUGGUCCGGAGGACGAGGAGAAGCUCCUCCAGCGGAGCAUGGUGGGGCAGAUCGAGCGGUGCCUCUCGGAGGCCAAGCGCUCCGUCCUCCGCUGCCAGGUGCUGCUGCUGCCCCGCCGGAUGACCGCCAAGGUGGCCGGCGACGUGGAGCGCUCCUCUGUCGGGGAGCCGUGCGGGCUGCGGGGGGCCUUCAUCAUGGUCUACCUGGAAGAGGAGGAGGGGCGCAAAGACGGGCCGGUGCUGAAGCCACUGGGGGUCAUCCGGCCGGACCCCAACGUCACCCCGACCUUCGAGCUCUCCGUGGUGCUCAAGGCGGACCGCGACGGCUGGUCGCCGCUCCGACGCGUACUCGUAGGGGAGGAAGUGUUGAAGCUGAGGCCCGAAUACCGACUGGUGAAGAGGAAGCUGUACUCCUCUGAGAACCCUGUCGUUCACUGUUUCUACUGAGGCCUAAUGAAGCUGUAUAUUGCCUCAUCAGAGAUGCAUUAAUUCUGACCUAAUAAGUGCUGAAAACCAUUGGCCAAAUACUGUUUAAUCUAUUUAUUUUCUUUUUAUUUAGUGUUCUUACAGCCAAGUGUAUCCUGUAUGUUCUCUGACUCAUCUCUGUAUAGUGUAUAUCGUCACUCCAUGGAGACUCCUGUUUACUACUCUACUACUGUUCAAAUAAAUUUAUGUAAGCUACUUUUUAUUUAGUGUUCCAACAGCCAAGUGUAUUAGAUACUGUAUUGUGACCAAAGCAAAUGCGUUGAAAAAUAUUCCCAUGUUUGUGACAAAUAUUUGCACUGAAAUCCAUUGACGCAAGCAAUGUAAACUGUAUUGUCUAGAUGGGAAUGGGCUGGUCUCUCUAGCCACACUUUUAUAAAUAAAAGUCAUUUUGCACAUUAA